CGCGGAUCAGCCAUUUUAGCAAGCGGGGCUCGGAGGCGCGGCGGCCGCGACUGUCGCCCACCGGGCCCCACGUCCCCCCCCACGCCGUCGCCGCCCCCGGCACGUCGCUCGGCUUGGGGGUGGUAGCAGUCGAUUUCACGGGCACUUUCUUUCAUCCCGAGGCUUUUGACAAAAUGGAAGUCAGGAUGGCUAAAGGUGACCCCAAGAAACCAAAGGGCAAGAUGUCGGCUUAUGCCUUCUUCGUCCAGACCUGCAGGGAAGAACAUAAGAAAAACCCCGAGGUCCCAGUCAAUUUUGCGGAGUUUUCCAAGAAUUGCUCUGAGAGGUGGAAGACAAUGUCCGGCAAAGAGAAAUCAAAGUUUGAUGAAAUGGCAAAGGCAGAUAAAGUACGCUAUGAUCGGGAAAUGAAAGAUUAUGGACCAGCUAAAGGAGGCAAGAAGAAGAAGGACCCUAAUGCCCCCAAAAGACCACCGUCUGGAUUUUUCUUAUUCUGCUCUGAAUUCCGCCCCAAGAUCAAAUCUACAAAUCCUGGAAUCUCCAUUGGAGAUGUGGCCAAAAAGCUGGGUGAGAUGUGGAAUAACUUAAGUGACAGUGAAAAGCAGCCUUACAUUACCAAGGCCGCAAAGCUGAAGGAGAAGUAUGAGAAGGAUGUUGCUGACUAUAAGUCCAAAGGGAAGUUUGAUGGUGCCAAGGGUCCUGCUAAAGUUGCACGGAAAAAGGUGGAGGAAGAGGAAGAGGAGGAGGAAGAAGAGGAAGAAGAGGAGGAGGAAGAGGAGGAAGAUGAAUAAAACUCCAUCUCCUUGUGAAUACCUUAGAGUAGGAAAUCUACGUGAUUGACACAUCUCUUAUUUGAGCCGUGUCUAUUGCCCUCGUUAGAUUUAAUUACAAAAUUUGAUCACGAUCAUAUUGUAGUUUCUCAAAGUGUCAGUGGUUUACAUGAAGUGGCCGUGGGUGUCCGGAGCGCCCUGAAACUGUAUCAAAGUUGUACAUAGCUCCAAACAUUUUUCAAAUGGGUAGGCACUCUCGUGUCCUCCUCACUCUGUGCACUUUGCUGUUGGUGUGACAAGGCAUUUGAAGAUGUUUCGGGCAUUUUGUUUGCAACUCGUAAGGUAGUGUUAACUCUAUGGUUGGUUAUUGGCUAGAAAUCCUGAGUUGUCAACUGUACAUAUCUAUAGUUUGUAAAGAGAACAAAACAACCCAUACAGAUUCUUGAUGCUCCUUGUUUGGCUUGGAGGCUGUGAGGGAAGAUGCCUUUUGGAGGGGGCCGUAGCUCAGGGCGUGCACUGUGAGGCUGGACCUGUUGAUACUGCGGUGGGCAUCCAUUUAGCUUCAGGUUGUCUUGUUUUUGUAUAUAGUGGCAUAGCAUUCUGCUGACAUUCUUAGCUGUGGAAAGGGGGGAGGGGUCAGCUGGCAUGAGGAAGUGUUUGGAUUUUUUCUUUAGUUAAGUGCUGUAGAUUUUCAGCUGUUUUUAAACUGUAGAGCUCAUCAUUGUCAGCGAAGCAAAGAACUACUGCAUCAACGAAAGUUCAAGAACCCUCUGCACCUAAACGCAAUUUGCAACAUUCUGUUAUUUUUUGUAUGUUUAGAAUGCUGAAAUGUUUUUGAAGUUAAAUAAACAGUAUUACAUUUU